UACCAGCGCUGAGAGUGUGAGGAGGCUGCGUAUCGAUCCCGCUCUCAGCCAUUGCAGUGCAUUGGGAUCCGCCGCGACCCAGACCCAGCAGCAUUGGGGGCCAGCGGCGGCCGGCGAGUGGCUCUGUGGCUGGGCGAGCGCGGGCGGCAGUGACGCGGAAAAUCAUCAAAAAUGGGCAAAGGUGAUCCUAAGAAGCCGAGGGGUAAAAUGUCUUCAUAUGCCUUCUUUGUGCAAACUUGCCGGGAGGAGCACAAGAAGAAGCAUCCAGAUGCUUCGGUGAACUUUUCAGAGUUCUCAAAGAAGUGUUCAGAACGAUGGAAGACUAUGUCUGCUAAGGAGAAAGGCAAGUUUGAAGAUAUGGCAAAAGCUGACAAGGUUCGUUAUGAAAGAGAGAUGAAAAAUUAUGUACCACCCAAAGGGGAAACAAAAAAGAAGUUCAAGGAUCCAAAUGCACCCAAGAGGCCUCCUUCGGCUUUUUUCUUGUUUUGCUCUGAGUUUCGUCCAAAAAUCAAAGGUGAAUAUCCUGGUCUGUCCAUUGGAGAUGUUGCAAAAAAGCUGGGAGAGAUGUGGAACAACACUGCUGCAGAUGAUAAACAGCCUUAUGAAAAGAAGGCUGCUAAACUGAAGGAGAAGUAUGAAAAGGAUAUUGCUGCAUACCGGGCCAAAGGAAAGACUGAUACAGGCAAAAAGGUAGUUGCCAAGGCUGAGAAGAGCAAGAAAAAGAAGGAGGAGGAGGAAGAUGAAGACGAGGAUGAAGACGAAGAGGAGGAUGAAGAGGAGGAGGAGGAGGAGGAAGAGGAUGAUGAUGAUGAUGAAUAAGUCUCUUUUAGAGCAAUUUCUUUCUUGUCUAUAAAGCAUUUAACCCCCCUGUACACAACUCACUCCUUUUAAAGAAAAAAAUUGAAAUGUAAGGCUGUGUAAGAUUUGUUUUUAAACUGUACAGUGUCUCUUUUUUUGUAUAGUUAACACACUACCGAAUGUGUCUUUAGAUAUCCCUGUCCUUAGUGGUAUUUCAAUGGCCACUAACCUUGCCUGGUACAGUGUGGGGGUUGUAAAUUGGCAUGGAAGUUAAAGCAGGUUCUUGUUGGUGCACAGCACAAAUUAGUUAUAUAUGGGGAUGUAGUUCAUUUUUCAUCUUCAGUUGUCUCUGAUGCAUCAUAAAAAUAAUUGUUGUUCUGUUAACUGAAUACCACUCUGUAAUUGCAAAAAAAAAAAAAAGUUGCAGCUGUUUUGACAUUCUGAAGGCUUCUAAGUAAAUACAAUUUUUUUUAUUAGUAUUGUUGUCAUUUUAAUAGGUGCCCUUGAAAAAUCAUAAUUUUUCUUUUUUGAGGGGAACUCAUCUUUGCUUUAUUAAGUAUGCCCAUUUGGGAUCACGUGAAUAUUACAGUUUUCAUCUUUUCAUAUAACCAGCUGAUAAACAAAGCUUUGAUCUGCAUACCCUGCAUAAUCAUGAUAGGGUAGGAAAAGAAAUAUACAGGCAUAUGUUAAAAGAAUAUUCUUCCGUAACUGGAAACAAAAAAAAAAAUUCAAUCUCAACAAACUGAUAUUUGCUCAGAUUUUUGUGAAAUGUAAUAUUCUAUUGAGUUGCAUAAGUUUACCAGUCUUGGAGAGUUGAGAAGUAUAGAGUUCAAUUUUACAGCACGGAAUACUUCCAAUAAAUAAUAUGCUGUUAAAAAAUUCUGUCCUAGAAGGACUAAUAAGGUGUCCACCCAUCCUGGUGUGGAGGGAAUUUACAUAUGUGACUCCAUUACUAUGUAAUGAAAGUUGUAUUUGUAAAUCUCUGAACACCUGAGAUGAGCAUACCCCUAAAAUGUAUGACGUUAAACAUAUAAAAUUACCAUAUUAAUUUUCUGUGACACCAUGUCUAGUGAUGGCCACGGGCUUUAUACCAUGAAACUCUCCUGGUAGAAAAUGGCCCACAAGAAAGGAUUUUACUUUCUAAGGUUUCUAUAAAUGGUACCAUUAUUAUUUGUUAAAUCUAUGUAAAUUCAUAUUUGUAUUCUUAAAAUUCUAGUUUUAGCCCUUUAAAAAAGUUGUAUAUUGUCUCAAAUUGAAAAUGAGAUAAGAUGUAUUUUUCCUGUUAGGUUUUAUACCGCACUCUUGAUGUCUGCCCAUUUAUAAGUUAAAUAUAGCUGUAUGGAAAAGUACAUUUUAUUAAAUUUUGCAUUAAAAAGCGAAAUGUUUAACCAGUAUACCAACAACGUCUAAUUUGAUCAAAUAUAGUUCUCUUCCAAAACCAAAGUGAGGUCUUUUUGCAUAUUCAGUAAAACUUCAAGUGCUGGCAACUGUAACUAUUUUCACAAUAUACCUGCUUACCAGUUUGGGGGACAAUUUGGCAAUUUUGUGGUUAUAAAAAUUAUGGUUCUCUUAAGUGCCAGUGUUUAAAAAUAGCAUUCUUGUAAUUUUACACGCUUUUGUGAUGGAGUAUUGUUUUGUUAUACAAUUUUGACUUUCAGAUUCUUAUUUCAAUUUGCAUUUGUUUAUGUAUAACUUCAGGAGAAAUACUGAACACCUGAAUCCUGGAUGAUACUAAUAAACUAAUAAUUGCAGAGGUUUUAAA